AUGAGGCGGAAUCAAGUCCGUGGUAACACAUACAGGUGGGAGCAACUGGUGCACGGCAGCACCGUGGCGAAAAUCGUGUCCCCUAUCGUAUCUCUCGUGGUGCUGACGUUGGUGGGGGCUGCCACCAGGUACUUCACCCAAAAUCGGAGGAAUAGCUGUUUCCGGAGAAAUGUGGCCGACCAGGCCUUUGUGACCCUGGCCACCAAUGACGUCUGCUGCCAGGGGGCGCUGGUCCUGGGACAGUCCCUGCGGAGCCACGGCGCGACCAGGAGGCUGGUGGUGCUCAUCACACCGCCGGUGUCCCACCUGCUCAGGGCCGUCCUCAGCAGGGUCUUUGAUGAAGUCGUCGAGGUGAACGUGAUCAACAGUGCGGACUGCAUCCCCCUGGCCCGUACGUGGACGCCUGAGCUCGGGGUCAGCCUCACCAAACUGCACUGUUGGGCCCUCACCCGUUACAGCAAGUGCGUCUUCCUGGACGCAGACACGCUGGUCCUGUCCAACAUCGACGAGCUGUUUGACCGGGGAGAGCUGUCCGCGGCCCCGGACCCCGGGUGGCCGGAUUGCUUCAACACUAGCGUCUUUGUCUUCCAACCCUCUCUGGAGACACACAGCCGCCUCCUGCAACACGCCGCCGACCACGGUAGCUUCGAUGGGGCGGAUCAAGGCUUACUCAACAGUUUCUUCAGCAGCUGGUCCACGGCCGAUAUCCACAAGCACUUACCCUUCAUUUACAACCUGAGCAUGGCUUACAACAUGGCUUACACCUACCACCCUGCCUUCAAACAGUUUGGCUCUGCGGCAAAGGUGGUGCGCUUCCUUGGCUGCAGGAAACCGUGGAGCUACAAGUACAACCCGCAGAUGGGCUCGGUCGUGCAGGACGGCACAGGCACGGCCAUCCCUCAGCAGCUGGCAUUUCUGAAUCUCUGGUGGAACAUCUACCACAGCAGCGUCCUGCCUCUUUUUGAAAAUCUCCGAAACGUGGCCGAGCACACGUCCCCCGGACACGCGGUUCCCCCAGGUGGCCUCGGGGAGCCGUGUGCUCGUUCAGUGUCGGGACCCACUGAGCCCCCACCUACCGAGGUCCCCCCAGAGAAGCCCGUGGUGGUGGAGGAGACCCCGUCCUGCCCCAAGGAGUGCCAUCAGGAGGACGUGACAGGUGGCCCAGCCACUGGGACUCCCGCUGGAGUACUGCGUGACCCCAUUUCACCACCUUCCCCCCAAUUCUCAGACGUCACAGAGGCGGAAACGCCCUCGCAGCCCGUGGAUAACGGUGAGAGCGGCCCAUCGGAGGACACCUUGGCACCCAGACAGGCGCCCCCUGCUGAGGCCACAAGGGAGCCAGCCCCACGGGACAUGCUGGAGGUCGGCCUGGCCGUCUCUGUGUCCGCGAUGUCCAUUGAGGAAAAGGUCAGGGAGCCAAGUCCGGAGGAAGAGAGGAGGAAGUGGGAAGACGGCCACAUCGACUACCUGGGCCGGGACGGCUUCGCUCGGAUUCAGGCGAAGCUGGACCGGUUUUUGCAGUGA